GCCACCUGCUUCCAUCUCCGUGCCUCGUUUGUCGCCCGCCCCGGGUCUUUUCUCUUUCGCACCCUUUUGUCACGCAUAUAGUCACCUCCACGGGGGCAUGUCCAAAGCGCAACCUCUCAAGGAGAGACUCUUCUCCCAAUCCCCCGACCCCGUGAAGGCCAACAUCCUCCGCGAAUCCGGCGCAGGCUGGAGCUCGCCCCCAUCGGUCCACAGCAGGAGCACCUCGGGCGGCGGCGGCGUCAUCUCUCCCCUCCGCAUCUCCAAGCGCGACUCCCCGCGGCUGGACGCGACGGCCCGCCAGUUCCCUACCGACAUCGCCCGCCGCUCGUCGAAUAGCUUCAAGCAUGUCCGCAGCAACAAACUCGUCUCCCAAUCGCCCUUCAAGAGCAAAGCGCUGAAGACCCACAGUCCCCCGCACCCCUCGGGGGUCCAGUUCCCAUCGUCCCCGCGCCGUGUGUCGGGCGAGAAGCGGCCAAGGCCACAGUCGAUGCAGGAGCAGGCGGAGACGGAGAAUGAAAGGCCGCUUGCUCUCAAGCGGGAGCGACGGCAGUCCAAGGCGUAUCUCGGCCUGGUGACGAAGGAGCCGGUCACGAAUAGCCCCUUCCGCCGCCCUGGCGACCCGCUCUCACCGCCUGCGUCGGCGGUGCCCCCGCUCCCACCAUCCAAGCACACCGGGCUCCCUCCUCGCGAGACCUCUACCGAGCCCGUCGAUCCCUCUCUAUUCGACCCACCUCCCAAACAAUCCUUACGCCCGUCCAAUAGCCUUAAACGCCAGAAUGGCCCAUCGCCCAUACGCUCGUCGCUCGUCUCCAAGCGGCUGCACGGCCCACGUGUCAGUGGCAAACGAGGACGCAGGAAAACAGUCACUUUCCACAACGAAUGCGACGUCGUCGAAUUCGAACGGGACGAGUACGGCGAUCAGGUCUUCUCUGACGACGACGAGUCUGGCUACGAAACGGUGUCUGAUCAUGCUGACGACCAUGACGAAAUUCAAGAUGACCAGCGCAUGGACGUGGACGACGCGCAGUACGCCGAUGCACGCCUCCAACCUCCCCACUCCGAAGAAGCGAACACCUCCUUCGAUAGCGUUAACCUGUCCGAGACCAGUAACAACUCGUUCAAUGGGAACAGCUCAUUCAACGCGGACGGCGAAACUAGCAUCGCGGAUCUUAUGGACGAUAUGCUGGAGGAGGCGCAGCCGGAUGGACUGGGUCGUACAUCCACCCCUCCCCGCCCUGCCCACGACAUACCCACUGAUCUGGAAACCGAGGACGGCGUCCCCUUCGGACACUCGCAUCAUAUCCAGCGCGCGCAGGAGUUCCACCACCAGGAGCAUGAGCAACCUCAUCCGACGCCGCCAUCGCCUCCGCGGUUCACAGCCGAGGUCACCUUCGGCGGUCCUCCACUGUCUUCAUCCACGCCACCGCAGACCCCGGAUCGCAGCGGUGCUCACUCGCCGCCUCUUGGUCGUUCUACUCAUGCCGAGCGCGUUCAGGCUGCCCGGGAAGAGGAGAAGGAAGAGGCUCGCAUAGAAGAGGACGUGUCGAUGCUCCCUCCUUCGCCGUCGCCCGCGAAGGCUGGCCGCAGGAAUAUCCUAUAUAAUGACGAGAGCGACGAAGAAGCCGAGCAGCCCAUUGCCCCUCCGCAAUUCCAGAGUCCGAGGUCAAAGGACCAUGCGGAUACAAGCUGGUCCGGAGAUCGUUCCUUCACUCGCGAGCAAGAGGGAUCGUUCUCGCGGUUCGAUGAGGAAGGUCGGCCACGGUCUCGUCCUCAGGACGAGCACGAUGACGAUGGAGCUAUGGACCCCAGCAACCUUAGCAUCGGCAACUCCGAGAUCAGCUUGGACGGCCUCGAUCGGGAGCUGGUAGAGGAUGAGCGGGCAGCAACUCCUCAAGACCGACCGACCACACCAAGCCGACCCCUUCCGCGGCAGCCGGAGCCUCGUAGGUCGAUGGCCGACCUUGCGACGAGCUCGCCCAGGGACUCACCCUCCUCGUUCGCGAGAUCGCCGCCACAGGUCACCUCGCCUACUGCACCUCACCUAGAGCGACCGGCCAGCAGCCAGUCAUUUAGGCCGAAUCCGAGCCCGCGUCCUCGUAUUACUCGGGAGGAUAUUCAGCAGAGGAUCAAGCGUCAGCUGGCGAGCCCGAGUGGGAGUCCGUCCGGGAGCAGGCAGGGUAGUCCUGUGGCGGAGUUCCCUACUCCUGCUCAUGAGCGCCCGGCGAGUCGCCUCAGCGAGUCCGGUGGGAGCCGAUUUGGCGAGUCUGCUGGGAGUCAUCACGACAGCCCUAUGCCAGACGCUCCGCGUAUCCGCGUGGACAGCAUGUCUUCCUCGCAUGGCGACAGCCCUCUUGCUGAGCAGCCGCCUUCGCUUUCGCCGCCGCCGGUGGUUGAGGAGCCGCAUGCCGAGUCCUCUUUGCUUGCAGCGAAGGACGACAAGGACUCGCUCGCGGUCAAGGAAGACAAGGAACGCGACCGCAUGUCCGUCCUGACGAACUUCAGUACGGAGACAUCGACGGUGGAGAUGGCCAUGAAGACGCGAGUCAGCAUCGGCCACGCCUUCACCGUGGAGUCGCCCAGGCAGGAAGGCAUCGUCGAGUCUCCCGAGCAGGAGGACGUCGUCGAGGAGGAGUUCGGAAUGCUGAAGCCGUCAGACGACAAGCUAAAGCUCGACUUUGGCAGCAAGUUCGGGCUUGGGCGGCUGCAGCUUGGUGACAUGGACCUCGAUGUUAACAUGGACGAGGUUCCGCUUGAGCGGCCGUGCAGGCCGGAGUCGAUGUUGUCUGGCAGCGUCCGGUCGGAUUACGAGGUCAGCAUCCACUCGAGCACGCGCGCGGAAGUCGCACCUGUCGAUCUCGACGUCGACGUCCGGAGCGCGCUCGACCGCCUUAUGGAAGACGUUGCUGGUGGCAUGCCAGAGGAUGGCGACACCUCAAUGGAGACCGAUGACUAUCCAGAUCACCACCACCCCAGCCACCCACCGCGCGCGAACCCGACAGAACGCGCCGCGACGGACACCGCACUCUUGGGUAAAGAGACCGCUUUCUUGUCCCGUAACACCAGCGCCGCAUCGUCGGAGAGCGUCCCGCCUCCGCCCCCGCCGAAGGACAAAAUCCGCACGCGGGAGCAGCAGAUUCUUGAGAAGCGGCGCGAGAGGAGGGCGGAGCUGUACUCGGAGGACUUCACGCCGAGGCACCGACACCUGAACGUGCAUGGUGGUCGCGGGAGCAGGAGACGGAGCAGGAGUACGGGGGAUGUGCUGCAGGAUGUGGAGCCGUUGGAUGUGGCGCCGACGGUUGAGAACGAUACUCUGCUUCAGGAGAGUAUAGAGCGGGAGUUGAUGAAGAUGGACGGUGGGAACAAGAGCAAGUACCUGAUCCGCGAGCGCGAGACGAUCUACGCGUCUUCGUCGAACGAGGAGAGGGUAUCGCAUAUGUCCGGUCCCGGCGAUGUAAACGUGAGCAAGGCUUGGAGACCUGUGAGGCGUCCGUCGGACAUGAACGAGUAUGCGAAGCAGAUUCGCGAGCUCCGGGCGCAGGAAGGCAAGUCCAAGGCGUAUGGCAAGGUUUUUGUCAAGGUCGUCGAGAUCAAGGGAAUACAUCUACCCUUGCCGGAGGAGCCGACGAAGAUGACCUGCACGCUGAACAAUGGCAUUCACUUCGUGACGACGCCCGAGGUUGUGCUGCAGCCGACGUCUAUCAUCGAGCAAGAGUUCGAGCUUAUUGAGCACAGUAAGCUCGAGUUCACGCUCACUCUGAAGAUCAAGCGUGAGCCGCACAUCACUGCCCAGUUCAAGGCCCUUGUUCCGCCAAAACCCGUCGCGCCACCUCCGCCUCCACCCGUCGUGCAUCAGGCAUCGUCGAAGAGCAGCGGGUUGCGCAGCUUGUUCGGCGGCUCCUCGUCCCCCAAGAAGCACAAACAUAUGUCGCAGCCCGCGCCUGCUCCAGCCCCCAUUCGGCAACCUCUGCCUCGACUCGCCGACAACUUUGCGCGCUACCUCAAGCCGGACGGUACGAUGGCCCGCGCCUUCGUGUCGUACAAGGAGAUCGCGCCUCACUGCGACACCCGGCUCUUCUCCACGACCUACCCGCUCAUCGGACAGCGAUUCGAGCUCGGUGGCAAGUGGUCGAACCUGCAGGUUGGAGAAAUCCAGUUGCAGGUGUUCAGGCUCCCGCCGUUGCCGGGUAUUCCGCAGAACCAGAUGCCGCAGAGCUUGGACGAAUGCGUGCGCGGGCUGAGGCAUAUGCACUGGCAUAAGGUGACCUACUUUGAGGGCACGUUGACGCAGAACGGGGGCGACUGCACGUCGUGGCGCCGCCGUCAGUUCAGAGUCAUUGGCGGCUCCUUGGUCGCGUUCAACGACGUUACCAAGCGUGCUAUCACCACCAUCGACAUCAAGAAGGCCAUCGCAGUGCAGGACGACGACGACGCUCGGCGGAGGGCACUCAGCCCGACGUCGGGCUCGUCUGCCGCCUCUCGCUAUCUC